AUGCAAAGAGAUCAGACUCCUGCUGACGUGACCAACGCCUUCAGCCGGCAUCUUGUCUACGACAAGAUAUUCUGCCACCUGUCUCCCGCGUCACUUAUCCGCGUAGGACGAACGAGCAAGUCGACUUUCGCCGCAAUUGAAGACUUCUCCUAUCGUGCAUUCGAUAUCAACCGCUCCCUCUCGCGCUUCGUGUCCGAUCCUAUUGCGUUCCGCAACCUGCAAGCUCGGACGAGUGCCCUGAUCUCGGGGUCCUUUGCGUUGCAGUUCUUUGACAGGACAUUCUAUCCUGAAGCGGACCUAGACAUCUACACACCUGAGUCUAGCGUGCGGGAGCUCGGAGACUUUUUGAUGAAUGAUGGCUACGUAUUCAGGCCCAACUCGCAGCAACAGUCAAGUUUUGAGCAAGCCUCGGAGAGAAAGUUUUCCAUGAUGGAACUGAGCGAUCAACUUGAUAACUUUCCUGUGGUUGGUGAUCAGCUGGACACAAUCGACGCAGAGCACCUGCAGAAGUACAAACUCAAUUCCAUCUUAGAAGUGUACACAUUCGUCCAACCGAACAACAGCCCUAGCCUUUUGAAGGUGCAGAUCAUUGUUCCCAAGGCUACACCCUUUCAAUGUAUCUUGGAGUACCACUCGACAUGUGUGCUCAACCUCAUUGCCUACAACGCAGCUUAUUCGCUAUAUCCGUAUGCGACCUUUGAGCGGCGCGAAUCCUUGACUAUCGACGCCAACGAUUAUCAAGGCGUCGCUUUGAGCAAAUACUCCCGCAGAGGCUGGCGUGUCAUCGCUUCGGGAUCGCCGCUGCUCCUGCAGACAGAUGAAGGCCAAGCAUCGCUUGAAAAUCAUUUUUACCUCGGACAGACACGGUGGACGAUAGAUAGCAAGAGCUGGGUGAUCCGCUUGAACACCGCGGGCAUUCGGGACCCUCCUCCGCCAUCGCCAUCCUCGGUCCCGAUUACGUGGCACCCUGCGGCAGAGUGCAGCUGGAAACUCAUUAUAGCGCAUGGUGGGAACAUGACUACGUUCAGAAUGUCGUACAACAACACGAGGACGGGCGUGCUACAGCAUGGCUACACGAUUGCCGAUUACGACUAUCUGGAGAUGCUCAUAGAUUUCUUCGUGAGCCAGGGCAAGUUGGAGCACUCGAAGGUGUCAAGGGAUAAGAGUAGCUUGAACGAUGUGUGGACGUGGUGCGUCUCAUCCGUGAAGCUGGCACUUGCGUCGUAA